GGUGAACGGGAAGCAGCAAUCGGGAGGCGAGUAAGUAAAGGGCUGUGUCUGCUGCUUUUACCCCCGAGUGAGACUGUGUGAGUGAGAAAGUGAGUGUGUGUGUGAGGUGUGUAUGUGUGUGUGGCUUUUCGGUGAGCCUACUGGUGCACGCUGGCCUCCCUUUCCGGGCGCUCACUGGUUUGAGGCGGGCAGUCGUCCUAUAAAAGUGUUGCCUCCGACGGGCUUGUCUCUUCCGUUUGUCUGCGCGAGACCCGAUCCGCUUCGGACAGCCUGCAUUCUCAGUCACACAGGGUGCGUUAUUGAGUGAGAGUGAGCGAGUGAGUGCGUGCGGGAGCGACGAAGAGAGCGAGAGAGAGUCAGCGAGGAGGAGAGCUUUACAUUCCCCUUCGUUUCGUCGCUUAUACUUUGUUGCAGUGCGUCUCCGCCGAGGGUGACGCGGAGCUUAGGUUGGCAUUAAGUUAGGCGGAGUUUUGGAGGGGGGACGCUGGGCGUGGUCGACCAGUGGCGGCAGGGGAUAAAGCGAGGAGCGACUGCGUUACUGACGCUUUUGGUGCGCGAGCGCACUCUCUCGGAACCUCCGAUUCAGCGCAGUAGAUCCGUGUGCGCGGGAGAGGAAACGAGACUGGAAUUGGUGUGCCGUAUGUGGACGGAGUUAGAGAGUGGUUGCGGUUUGCAUGUCUAGGGGUUGGUUCAGUGGUUCAAGUUUUGGUCGAUAGCAGCAAGGGUCUGCGUUCAGCUAGUAUCCGCGGCUGUCUGGAGUUUCAAGUAGGUCUAUUGGACUCUGUCCUUCCUUGCAAGGUCGAUCAAUCCUUGGUGUGGACGAGCUUCUGCUUGGAUAUCCCCUUUUCAAUCUUCUUAUCUUCUCCGGUGCGGUAGUGUGUGUUCAUGAUCAGAUUGAGAUUGCGUCUAAGCUAGAGAUUUCAGAGCCCUGAUUUCCACCUUCUCCGAAUGUGCAAUCCAAGAGUAGAGUUGGACAUCUGCGGCUACAUCACAUUAUGAGUCAUAUCUGGAUCUACUACAUUCCUACCUACACGCCGCUAACUCCCCUCGGUUAAAAUUAGAAGGCAGACAUCUCUUUUUGCUUAACGAAGAUCAAGUUCAACAUGAAUAUCUUUGGGAAAGCUCUCUCUGGAGAGACCAACAACGACAUCUACGAUUCUGGAGAAAACGGAAGCAUUGACUAUGGAAGGCUGGCGGACUUCAGGCCGCGGAAGAUUGACACUUACAACUCCCUCGAUGAGAGAUCCCUCAAUGACAUCAUUUCCUCAGGUCUAUCCUCGCCUCGCCCUCCCCGGCAGCUAGAGACCGUAAAAAGUUCUGAGUGCUUGGAGGCUCUGCUCUCUCCAAGCAUUCGCUCGUCAGCGGGAACUCCUCGAGAAUAUCAUGCUUUCGAGCCUCAUCCAAUGAUUGCAGAUGCAUGGGAGAGACUUAGAUUGUCUAUGGUAUACUUCCGGGACAGGCCAGUAGGCACCAUAGCUGCCUUGGAUCCCACAGAGGACUCACUAAACUACAAUCAGGUGUUUGUCAGAGACUUUGUACCCAGUGCAUUGGCCUUUCUAAUGAACGGUGAACCCGAGAUCGUGAAAAAUUUCUUGCUGAAGACACUUCGGCUCCAAUCCAUCGAGAAGAGGAUCGACUGUUUUACUUUGGGCGAAGGCGUUAUGCCUGCAAGUUUCAAGGUCCUGCAUGAUCCCGUGCGGAAGACAGAUACUAUGAUUGCGGACUUUGGGGAAAGUGCAAUAGGGCGAGUUGCACCAGUAGAUUCAGGGUUCUGGUGGAUAAUCCUUCUUCGUGCAUACACGAAAUCCACCGGCGAUCACACUCUGGCUGAUAUGGCCGACUGCCAAAGGGGCAUGAGGCUAAUCCUAACUUUAUGCCUAGCGGAUGGGUUUGAUACUUUUCCAACUCUUUUGUGUGCUGAUGGCUGCUGUAUGGUGGAUAGAAGGAUGGGCAUUUACGGGUACCCAAUCGAAAUCCAGAGCCUUUUUUUCAUGGCUCUGCGUUGUGCUAAGGUCCUUAUCAAGCCUGAUGGUGACGGCAAGGAAUUUUUGGAAAGGAUCGACAAAAGGCUUCACGCAUUGAGUUUUCACAUGCGAGAGUACUUUUGGCUAGACCACCAGCAGUUGAACAACAUCUAUCGGUUUAAGACGGAGGAGUAUUCACAUACUGCGGUGAACAAGUUCAAUGUGAUACCGGAGUCUAUACCAGACUGGAUAUUUGACUUCCUGCCAUUAAAGGGUGGUUUCUUCAUCGGCAAUGUUAGUCCAGCACGGAUGGACUUCCGUUGGUUUGCCAUCGGUAAUUUCAUGGCAAUCUUGGGCUCACUUGCAACAUUCGAUCAAGCUUCCGCCAUCAUGGACUUGCUUGAAGCGAGAUGGCCAGAGCUUGUAGGCGACAUGCCUCUUAAAGUAACAUACCCUGCAAUGGAGGGGCACGAGUGGCGCAUUAUCACUGGAUGUGACCCAAAGAACACUAGAUGGAGUUACCACAAUGCUGGGUCUUGGCCAGUUAUUCUUUGGAUGCUGACAGCUGCAUGUAUCAAGGCCGGAAGACCGCAAAUUGCAAGACGAGCUAUCGAGCAAGUGGAGACUAGAUUAUCCGCUGAUGGGUGGCCCGAAUAUUACGAUGGGAAACUUGGACGAUACGUUGGAAAGCAGGCCCGCAAGUUCCAAACCUGGAGUAUCGCAGGUUAUCUCGUUGCCAAGAUGAUGUUGGAAGAUCCUUCCCACUUGGGAAUGAUCGGACUAGAGGAGGAUAGGAAGAUACAAAAGCCUUCUCUCACUAGAUCUGCAUCUUGGACAGCUUAAGGAAUGGUUGGUCUCAUAUUUUAUUUGUCUACGAAUAUCCUAUCAUAAAAGCUUUCAAUUUGUGGCUGUGGAAUCUGGAUGGAAGUUGGUGCAACCAGAAGAAGCAGAGCAUGGAGAUAAUCUUCCUAGGAAGUGCCUCUGGUCUUUUGCUCUCGAACGAAGGAUUUCACCAGUGAAGGCAAAGCAGAGGCUUGUACAACAAAUCAUUUGGGCAACGGGCCACGGGCAACGGUUCAUUGUCGUAGAAAACAGUGAGAAGGGUCAUCACUGAAGAUAAUCUUCAUUCAAGAAAACCAAGGAUGGUUAAGGGAAAGGGAAGGCAAUGCUCCGUCUUUCAACAACGGACAUGGGUGUGGUUUAUAGGAAUGGAGGAGUCGGCAUGAAACUUUGGGGUCAUCCCAACUUUUGGAAGUGCUUCACUUACCACUACGCUUGAUACCCCUAACAGGCAUGGUGUGAUUGAACUUCCAUGAAGAUGUAGGACGCCGAUUUAACCCAUGUAUUACUAUGGUCUCCAUCCUCGUUCGAGGAAAGGCACGUAGAAGGUGUAAGAGUUGUACAAUUCUGAAGGGCUUGCUUUCGGAUAGCUUAUUUGGACAUAGAGUGCAGCGGUGGUCACAUGAUAAAGAAGGCCAUACCAAAGAUGUAGACUUUAGUUACAAAUUUCCCUUUUUAAGGGCAAAUUCAUUUUUUUCAUGCGUCACGGAGAGCGCUUUUGAUGGUGCUGCUGCACUUUUGUAUUGCUGGUCGUACGCCCUAGUUGAGUUUGCCAGCAACAUUCACAUCAACAUCUGUGUCUGUACUUUCAACUCUUUUCACUGGCUACUUCGGCAUCCAGUCUAUAUUGAAAUUUAUCAAUUCUAACUUCCCAGCUUAAUCAAACUGGAAUCAUUUUUUGCUA